GGGGGGACGGGGCGGCCCCGGGACACCCCCGGGACACCCCCACAGUAAUGGCAAGGUAUAAGAAAUGCAAACGAAAACGAAGAGCCCGAGCAAAAUUUCCACUGGAAAAGAAGAGAAAUGCUGCAGCCCCCCAGGGCUCAGUUUGUCCCUCCCUACGGUCACCAGCUCAUCUCCCUCUGAACUCCUCACCAGCCCCAAGGUGCUCCCAGUGGCCUUUAGCCUUGCCCAGUGUAAAAAGUGUGGUCAGACCCUUGGCAACAGCAGCAUCAUUUCUGUAUUGGUGGUGCCAGAGCAGGAUUGCACAGAGCUUUCAGGUGGUUAAAGACACCAUAUUUCCAUCACAAAUCUACUUAAGGGAACUAAAUGCAUUCAGGGAGAAGCUGGAGAAGUUGGAAAGGGAAUUCUCCAAGCUACAAGGAGCCCUCCAGAUGAACGGAGCAGCAGCUUUGUCUUCAGAAAGUUCCCUUUGCCAAAGGUGUCACAAGCCAGUCCUGGGUGCUCCUGUGGGGACACAGAUGGAUCCUCCAUCCUCAGCAUCUGUGCCUGUGUCCAUCCCCCCUCCUCCUCCUCUUCCUCCUCCUCCUCCUCCACCGCCGCUGCCUCCACCAAAGCUGCCUCCAGCACCUCUCCUCCUCCAACGGGGCACAGCCUCUAAACUGGCACCACCAGUGAAAAAGGAUGGGCCCAUGCACAUCACCCUCAAAGACCUCCUGAAUGUUAAACUGAAGAAGACAAACAGCAACCUGAGAAUGGACAAGGAGCAAUCACCAGUGAAGCCACGCAGGGCAUUAAUUACAGUCACAGAUCUACAGAGUGUUAAUCUGAGACCUAAAUCCAAGCCAUCACCUCCUGCUACAAAAUCUGUAAUUACCUCCCCUAAAAAUCAGAUUGAUCUUCGGAAGCAUCUGAAGAAAGUCGAUAUACAAAGAAGUCCUGGUGGCACUCCUCUAAAUAGUAAAGAAAACACUGAAUGUGGCUCUGGGCUGACCCCAAUAAUGACACGGGCACUGCGGCGCAAAUUUCAGAUGGCUCACCCCAAGAGUCCCUCGCCUGCACGGCUGAGUGCUGCAAACAGCUUUGAUGAAAAGUAAAAAGGAAAGUAGGUUUAUGGAACAAUUUUCCAUUUGUACUCAGGAAGCCACUUGAAUCCCAUUUUUAUCACACUCAGGCACAUGUAUUUGUAAGUAAAUGUAAUGCACAGGAAAAUAAGGCAUUAUGAAACCCUGUAAAGCAGAUUGUGCUUUUUAUCCCUCUCUAAUGUCUCUCAAUUUGGUUGCAUCUUCAUUCAUAAUGGAAAAAAAAUAGGAAAUUUCCCAAGUCUUUUGACAUCUGGGUGCUGCUGAAGCAAGGACUGUUAUGUUUCUAGCACUGGUGCUGCUUGUCAUACAAAUAUGUGUUUGCUGAAAUUCAGUAUUUUUGUAUCUUUUU